AUAAAAGGCUGACUGAUGAACAAGGGGCUCUUGCCUCUUGGGUGAUAAAUUUAAUCAACUCUCUGCGCGCGAGAUCACUCACAGGGUAUGUUAUCUUUAGACUCUAUUCUACAGAGAGAUGGUCUGGAAUCUAUAUGGGAUGGCGAUCGUCUCAGUGUUAAGUGCCGGAACAUAACCAGGUUUGUUUUACAAGAAUUGUACGGACGUGACAAUGAUCGUGGCUCCUUGGAUCCGAAAUGUAUCUUUCUAACAAGUGGAGAAGCAAAGGUAAAAUCUUUACCAAAUUGGCCAGUGACAUUCCGAGAAGAAUUCAUCCGUUUAAUUGGCGACAUGCUCCGUCCUAGAAAUAACCCGGAAGAAUCAGAGCUAACACAUUUCAUCGAGAUGGUCAAGAACAGGAAGAUAACAUUCAAAAAGUUGUUCCAUCAUCCUCUGCUUCAAUCAACUACCGAACGAUUUCGUUUUCCAAUCCGAGCUAUACUUCACUUGAAUGAUAACAGAAGGAAAACUUGGGAACGAGAGUAUGAAAAGUUCGACACAACAGUGGUUAACUUUGAUUCACAGAUCCAACAAUCUAUUUAUAAAGACGCUUUCAAGUCGCUGCUUAAUUAUGGGCCGCAGCAGGGAACGGGAUACAAAAAUACCGUCGUGGGUGUCUUGCAUUUCUCAAAGAAUGCCGCUAAUCACAUCUAUCAGCAUUCGAAAACACGCAUGCCUGAAGAGGAAAUCGAGAACGAGCUGACCAAAAUGUUUCCAACUCGACUGAUCGAUUUUGUACGAGUUUCUAGUUAACACGACUAGUAGCAUGGAUUUUCUUCUUGACUGAAAUACUGAGUAAAGAAGAAAAGAAGAGGAGGAGGAGGACUCUUAUUGGGUGUUAUCAUUUGCUGGCUUCAAUGGCAUCUGAACCUAGUUUUCAUGGAGUAACGUUCACUAAAGUCAGUAAUAUUGGAUGUAUCACUUGUUUUUGGCGUUCUUUUUGUUUGGGACUCAACUUUUGGUUGGGCUUCUUUUGGUUUGUUUGGUUGACCCACUGCCGUUUGUUUGUGUGGUUUUUUUUUGUUCUGUUUUUGGGCCUGUGUUAUAAAGUUUGUUGUUUGUAAUGAAAGUCACCUUUGAUCAAAAGAAGUAAAAUACCAACCCGGCCUUGUGGAAGAAUGAAGACAUAAUAUUCUUUUAGAUCUAGGUCUAAAAACAUAAGCUGUGUUUUUUAUUUUUUUUAGUGAGUCUAGUUAUCUAAUUAAAUGUUUUUAUCUUUUAUACUCAUUUUAUAUUGAAAAAAAUUAGAGAAUUCUGGGCCUCCACUUCAAAUGCUUGCCUAAGCCCUCAAAUUCUCAAGGCCGGGCCCGUAUCAUACUACUCAGGGUGUGUUGUGUUUCUAUUGGGAUUUUGGACAGAAAACUAGAACAAGGAAUGAAUCAAUGAGCACCUUAAAGAGAGA